ACACAGACACACACACACACACAAACACACACACACACACAAACACACAAACACACAGACGCACACACACACACAGAUGAAGAAACGGAGGAGCAUCAACUUGGACAACUUCUUGUCACCGGGGUUUGCGCACAGCGAGCGGGUGUUAACGAGCCCACGCUCGUUGCGAGCAUGCAAGGCACUCAGUGUGAAGCCCGUGGACUUGCUGCCGCCACGCGUGGAGGAUUUUGUGUCUUACGACCGACACGGCCACGGUGAAGACCUGACAGGGCUGCGGGCGUUUGAGAGUGCGCAGCAGGCUCACACACGGCUGCUUCGCCUCGCCAAGAUCCAGCGCCAGCGGUACUGCCGCGGAACACAAGCCGCCGCCAGCGAUGUUGCGCCGUUGGCCACCCCUGUCCAUCCUCAGUCGCAACAGCGCCAACGACACCAACAGCAGCGACACCAACACUGUGAGCACUCAGCCCAGAAAGGGCACCGAGAGCGAUCAGCAUCACGCGCUUGGCAGUCCCAGACACGCCCCGCCGCAGCAACAGCAACAGCAACAGCAGCAGCAACAAUAGGACCAUCAUCGUCGUCUCUGUUGCGUGCUCUUGUAGUUCGACACUCCUCUGAUCGAAUCGACCUGCCGACAGCGCCUCGAUCUCCAGCGCCUGCCGUCACGUCCACUCGCAGGGAGCCGACCUUGUUCGCAUCCAGAAGCCAAACACAUUCGCGACAGCUGGGUCGACACGCGUCCACGUCUCCGUCCGCGUCCAUGCGCAUGCGUUGGCGCGCUGUACAACACAGGUACGACGACGCUGACGCACACACGGCGAACAUGUCGCCGCCGCAUGCGCGAUUUGGGUGGGAAGUGGCGGAUGCAACGGCGAUGGCGGCGGAGGAGGUGGAGGAGGAAGCGGCAGCUGUUGAGGCGUAUCUGCGCGAGGCACCGCGCGAAACACACGCGCGCAUGGAGAAGGCGCUGCUACACCCGUCCAACCAGCGCCAGAACAUUGGCCACACGUAUGGGGAGCGGGCACGGCACCGCCGCGGGCGAGAUGAGCGACGCACUGAGCGGGAGAGCGAGCGUCGACAGCGUCGACACGAGCGGCGGCAGCAAGGGGCGGAGGUGCGCAGGGAGGAAGUGCUGCACUUGCAGGCAAUGCGACGGCACGUGGAGCAGCGCACGGGAAUGGCAAGUGUUCGACACCACCCGGCAUUUGUCAGCCUGGGUGGCGACACAAACUCUUGCUUCUUCCACAACCAAUAAUAGGGCAGGCACAAGAUCAGAGAGAGGGUGGGGGUGGACAUGUGCUUGUGCGUGCAGUGUUCGUGCAGUGUGCUCUUGCGUUUUUGUUUGCAGCAUUGUACAAAGUGCACGAUCCACGCCCUCUGGGUUUUGAAAUUGUGGCCGUCUCCCAUGCAUGCUAUCAAUGUCACAUUGCGUCUUCAACAACUUUUGAUCCACGCCCUCUGGGUUUUGUUCGUCGUCGUCUCACUUCACAUCACAUGAAAAUCACCUGUUUGCUGUGUAUUUUGAAUCGAAUGCGUCGUGUAUGUACGAGAGCACAUGAUGCCUCAAACACAGUCCAAUCCCAAGUCCAUACAAACAAACAAACAACC